CCGAGGGUAGCUGUUGAUUGCUGCUGGCUGCACUGUUAUAGGGGGCGUCGAGUAUGUCCGCUUUCUUGAUGUCAACAGUCGCCGAUAUACACGGGCAUGGAAGUAUUUCUUGGACAACCCUUUCAAGUAUUGAAACGAGUGGACAAUAAGUGUUAUGUGUUUAACACCGCUCCUCCGAUCUCUCAGUGUUCAGUUCUGUGAACGGUACAUAUACAGAAAUAAAGAAAAGAAGUGAAAUAUAAGGGGUGGGGCACUUAUCGUAAGAUAUAUCCGUUGAAAGUUCUAACAUUGGCCAUACUGCCGUUGCAUGCAAAGCUGUGAACUGGCAGACAGCUACAAGUUUUCUUCAUAAAACAUCAAAGAGCGAAGAAAAUAUUUCCCCGUCUGCUUAUGUGUCUGUGUUAAAGUCGUCGGGAACGUAGUGUGCGGUUCUUACAACCAGAGGGCACUACUGUACACAUCACAACUGUGUACUAAAUAGAGGUAACACGUACUGACAGAGAUGACACUGUUGUUAUGCUUGAGAUAAAAAAAAAAGACAUCCGAAUUAUGGUGACGUAUUUCAUUGUGUGCCAUUGCGUUCAUUCUGAAUAUUCUGUAAAGUUAUGUAAUUAAUAGAUCGACUCACGAACAUAAAGAGAACAAAAAGAAGUCACUUUGGAUUCAUAGUUCAGUGUCUAUGAUUGUUAUUCGUGAAUUAUUUUCGUGUGGCAGAAGUGAAGACUAUAAGUGAUGGUUGGUGUGGGAGCAAAACACUUUUAUGUAAGGAUGUUGAUGUCGCAGAAUGUUGGUUUUUGGUAUUUUGGUAGCCGUGAUAAGGAAACGGAGCGGUUCGUGUCACCUGCAGGACGACACAACGGUUAUUGAUGGCUUGGCGAUGUGGUUGGACACACUACCAUGACCGCUGACCAUACCUUCUAAAUCUCUGGCAUUCUCAUCGCCUGAAGAACAUUAUCUUCUUCUCCAGGUGCCUCCUCUCUUUGUCUUCUCUGUCCCUCUUCUAAUGUCACUGUUCUUGUGCAUUCGCUUGGUUGACUGCGGGAGAUUGAAGUCCUUCAUUGGCCCUUAGCGGUUGACCUUCGACGUUGAAAUAGACUGCUAAAGAUAACUUCUGUAGCACUAACGAUUACCUUCAUAUUCCUAUUUAUAUGUUAAUUAUCUAAUUUCUGUGGUCUGGUCUCUUAUUGAGACUAAACUUCUCUCUGUUUAAAUGUAAUGUCUUUUACCUACAUGUUCUUAAAAUAGUCGUUGCUUUUCCUCGAAAUAAUUGUAAUUUAUACGUAAUUUUGUAAUUUAAAUUUGACCCGUUUUGAUGAUAUCGGCUGCCAGUUCAGAUAAUUCACUCGCAGCAAGGAUCUCAUAAGAUUAAUAAAUAUAUAGUUCUGCAUACAGAAGCAAAAAUGUAAGAAUUGAUUGGAACAUGUAAGAAGAAUUUCUUCUGGCAUAUGCGUUAACACCGAGAGCCAGCGCCAAAACCUGCAGAUCAAUCUUUUAGCUUUUCUUUUUUUUUUUGAUCAAGAUGUUUUAUGACAGUAUAAUCCUCUUUGUCAUCAUAGUGCCAGACUGUUCACGCUUUCAAAACAUAUAGGACAGGGACCUAGAGAAGCAUUUUCUUAAGCAGAAGCAACACGUCAUCUCACCCUUCACAGCGUCCUUCUGAACGCAAAUUCCCUUGUCAUUAUAUUUACCUUCAAGAGACAGUUCCUACCCCCCCAAAAAACUUUUCCUCUUCAUCGAUCCAACAUUUUCCCUUACUUCUCACCCUUCCUACUCUGCAUCCCUUUCCGCUGCGGAACAUCUUAACCCACUUAAUCAGCUCUCUCUCCCUCCUUGCCUCUGUCACCCCCACAACUUUAUUGCCACCUUUCCCUGUACGAAGCAUCACAUUUCUCUCAUGUUUCCGCCGCUGCUGUCACAAAUUUCCCUCCUUUAACAUGGUAACUUCCAUGUCUUCCAUCAUACCCACUUCCUGUGCCGCCCCCCUCCUGUUCUCGUCAUGUCAGCGGUGCGAAUUAGGUCAACAAGUUCAGUAGGGGUUUGAAACGUCUGCAGAAAGCACAGAACACGGCCCCUGAGCGCACAGAGGCAUCGGUUUGUUCGAUCAACGUAGUUAUUUCGCGUGAGGAGAGAGAGAUUCGACGUAGGGACUAUGACUUCUGGAUUGGGCUGCGUCACGGUAUUCGUGAUGCUACUGACGGUUACUAUGGUGACAACACUCAGGUCUUCUUGGUUGGGUGUGACCGCCUCUGCUGCAUCAACGGCUACCAACCUGUCAUCUGCAGCGUCAGCAGGGAGAGGUAGCAGUUCCGGUAGCCAUCAUCACCACCAGAAACACAAAGAAGGAAAUGUCACUAUAGGACUUAUAUUGCCACAUACGAACUUCGGAGUGCGGGAUUACAUAAGAGCGAUCAAAGGAGCAGUGGAGAAACUGACAAAGUCACGUGGCCCUAAACUUGAUUUCUUGAAGAAGUACAGGUUCUCACCAUCCGAAGUGCACAGUGUUAUGAUGACUCUGACCCCUAGCCCUACCGACAUCUUAACCUCACUGUGUCAAGAGUUCCUCUCGGUGAAUGUGUCUGCCAUCUUGUAUCUCAUGAAUUACGAGACAUAUGGAAGAAGCACUGCGUCUGCGCAGUAUUUCCUGCAGCUCGCUGGAUAUCUGGGUAUUCCUGUUAUUGCAUGGAAUGCCGACAAUUCUGGUCUAGAACGGAGGGCUUCCCAGUCGAGUCUUCAGCUGCAACUGGCGCCAUCUCUGGAGCAUCAGACUGCCGCCAUGUUGAGUAUCCUGGAGCGGUACAAGUGGCAUCAAUUCUCCGUCGUCACCAGCCAGAUCGCGGGGCACGAUGAUUUUGUUCAGGCAGUCCGGGAGAGGAUAACAGACAUGCAAGACAGAUUCAAGUUUACCAUCCUGAACGCUUUGCAAGUAACCGACCCCAAGGACCUAAUUCAGCUUGUGAACUCGGAGUCUCGUGUUAUGCUGCUCUACUCCACUCGAGAGGAAGCCAUUCACAUUCUGAAGGCCGCGCGGGACUACAAGAUCACCGGCGAGAAUUACGUGUGGGUGGUGACACAGAGCGUCAUAGAGAACCGGCAGAUACCGUACGCUUUCCCUGUCGGCAUGCUGGGGGUGCACUUUGACACCAGCAGCGGUUCUGUUGUGAACGAGAUCACAACGGCCAUCAAAGUGUAUGCUUACGGCGUGGAAGACUUCGUCAACGAUCCGAGCAAUGCCAAUCUAUCGCUCAACACGCAGCUGUCGUGUGAAGGAAUUGGAGACUCCCGCUGGAAAACCGGUGAUCGCUUCUUCAGGUACCUGAGGAACGUCAGUGUUGAAGGCGACUUUGGGAAACCGAACGUGGAGUUCACUCAAGAUGGCGUUCUGAAGGCUGCAGAGCUCAAGAUUAUGAACCUUAGACCUGGAGUCAGAAAAGAGCUCGUCUGGGAAGAGAUCGGAGUAUGGAAGUCGUGGGAGAAGGAAGGUCUGGAUAUAAAGGAUAUCGUAUGGCCAGGCAACAGCCAUACACCGCCCCAGGGAGUGCCUGAGAAGUUCCACCUCAAAAUUACUUUCCUGGAGGAACCUCCGUAUAUCAACCUAGCACCCCCUGACCCCGUCAGCGGAAAAUGCAGUAUGAAUCGAGGGGUCCUCUGUCGUGUAGCCAAUGAAACACAGAUGGAUGGAGUGGACAUAAACGAGGCGCACCGAAACGGCAGCUUCUACCAGUGCUGCUCCGGCUUCUGCAUAGACCUUCUGGAAAAAUUCGCUGAAGAACUCGGUUUCACUUACGAACUUGUCAGAGUCGAAGACGGGCGAUGGGGAACGCUAGAGAAUGGGAAAUGGAACGGCCUCAUUGCAGACCUUGUCAACCGGAAGACGGAUAUGGUAAUGACGUCUCUCAUGAUAAAUUCGGAAAGGGAAGCGGUAGUGGACUUCACAGUGCCCUUCAUGGAGACAGGUAUCGCCAUCUUGGUCGCAAAGAGGACUGGUAUCAUCUCUCCAACAGCGUUCCUAGAACCUUUCGAUACUGCAUCUUGGAUGUUGGUGGGCGUUGUAGCGAUACAGGCAGCCACAUUCACCAUCUUCCUAUUCGAAUGGCUUAGUCCAUCAGGAUUUGACAUGAAGCAAGUCUCUCCGUCCCCGAACCAUCGGUUCUCCCUCUUCCGCACUUACUGGCUUGUAUGGGCUGUCUUGUUCCAGGCGGCCGUCCAUGUUGAUUCCCCGCGGGGAUUUACCGCAAGAUUUAUGACCAAUGUAUGGGCCAUGUUUGCUGUGGUGUUCCUUGCCAUUUACACUGCCAAUUUGGCGGCCUUCAUGAUAACACGUGAAGAAUUCCAUGAGUUUUCAGGCCUCGAUGAUACCAGGCUAUCGAAACCUUUCAGUCAUAAGCCAAUGUACAAGUUUGGUACCAUCCCUUGGAGCCACACAGACUCCACACUCAGCAAAUACUUCAAACCCAUGCAUGCAUACAUGAAAAAUAUGAACCGUUCCACUGUCGCCGGGGGAAUAGAAGCCGUACUCAGUGGGGAGUUAGAUGCCUUUAUAUAUGACGGUACAGUACUGGACUACCUGGUGGCUCAAGAUGAGGACUGUCGUCUGCUGACUGUGGGCUCCUGGUAUGCCAUGACAGGAUACGGACUUGCUUUCAAUCGCAACUCCAAAUAUGUCCAGAUGUUCAGCAAGAGCCUGCUAGACUUUCGAGAAAAUGGCGAUCUGGAGAGAUUGCGGCGGUACUGGAUGACGGGGACAUGUAAGCCCGGGAAGCAGGAGCACAAGUCAAGUGAUCCCCUGGCCCUAGAACAGUUUUUGUCUGCCUUCCUGCUGCUCAUGUCAGGCAUCCUGUUGGCUGCUGUUCUGUUAGCCCUUGAACAUAUGUAUUUCAAAUAUGUGCGGAAACGUCUGGCCAAGACGGAUCAAGGAGGGUGCUGUGCUCUCAUCAGUCUUAGUAUGGGUAAAUCAUUGACAUUUCGUGGCGCAGUCUUUGAGGCUCAGGACAUUUUAAGGCAUCAUCGUUGUCGGGACCCCAUAUGUGAUACACAUUUAUGGAAAGUAAAACAUGAGCUGGAUCUCGCACGCAUGAAGAUUAGACAACUACAGAAAGAACUGGAGGCACAUGGAAUUAAGCCAAGCAGGAGGACGAAGAAGAAACGUGAACCAUCCUGCUGGAUAACCUGCUUCACCCGGAACGAGCCGGCAGGACAGCAGGCACCCCAAUUGCUGAAUGCAGAUGACGUCCUGAAACCACGUGAUAUGACAAGAAAUCACGUGUCUUCUACAGAAUUCUCCGGCCGCUUUCAUGAUGGUGGCCAAAUAUACAGGCCAUGUAGGACAGAAAUAGCAGAAAUGGAGACAGUUCUGUGAUCAUGGCACUUCUGGCUACCUCUCAGAAUUUAUACAAACAUGGAAUAACAACAGUGACAUCAAAAGGAAAGACAUCUAGAAAAUAAAGCCACAGACGUGUUUUUAUGUAACCUGUCAUGCAGAAUGAGAAGCACAGGUUCCACUGCACCAGAUGUGGAGAGAUUGACGUGGAGGUUCAAGACCAUUUAAACAUACUUGUAGAAAAUAAGUAUGAAGACACGAAACACAGUUUCAAGUUCCAGAAAAGUGAAAAAAGAAAUCUUGGUUUUGGGGGGGAGGGUGCAGGGCAACAAUAUUAUUUAUGGACAAGAUGAUCGUUGCCUGUUUCCUUCAAAUUCGUCUAGACGACAAAUAGCGUUAGACAACCUUGAACAAGGACACAUAUUAGCAUGAUCUGUAUUUAACAACUGUGUGUAAAAUAAUGAGACAUUUCAUGGGAUCCCGAAAGUGCUCAAGAAAUCAAAAUGGUGCUACCCACGACAAAAAUUACUUAAAAAUAAGAAAUAUUCCAUAUGAAAGCCAAA